UGGGUUUAAGGGGAGGGAACUACACAGACUUUAUAAUAUAUAAAGAUGAAAUUACCAACUAUUCAACAACAAGACAUCAACAGCAACAAGACAUCACAAGUCAACUGCUUCUACAAGACAAAGAUGGCCAGUAAACCUCUUCAUCUUCAGUCAGAGGAACCCGAGCUCAGGAUUGUGGUCUUGGGACAGACUGGAGUUGGGAAGACUGCGGCAGUACACACCAUCCUUGGGCACAAGUUCAGUUCAACAAACCUGUCUUCUUCAUCUGAGACAGGAAAGUGCACGAAGCUGAUAGGAGAGCACAAAGGGCAAGCUCUGGCCAUUGUUGAUACUCCAGGUCUGUUUCACACCGACACCGACAAACAGCCUGAAGAGGUGAUGAAAGAGAUCCUAGAAUGCAUCUCGUUGACUUUGCCCGGUCCUCAUGUGUUCCUCUUGGUGAUAAGGUUCGGUGCCUUCACAAAACAUGAUAAAAAUAUGCUGGAAGCCUUUCAGAAAGUCUUCCAAAAUGCAAAACGUCAUACUAUGGUCUUGUUCACCUUUGGAGAUCCUGGUGAGGUUCAAGAUCAAUGUCAAGCUUUUAUAGAAAGCAGUGAAACUCUCAAAAAGUUCAUUGAUGAGUCUUGUGAGGCAUACCAUGUCAUCAACAGCGAAGUCAAGGAUGACUCUCAAGUUACCGGCCUACUGCAGAAGAUCAACAACAUAGUCCAGAAAAAUUAAAGAAGCUACUACAGCAAUGAAAUGUUCGAAAAGGCUGAGAAUGCCUUUGACGAAAUUAUGAAAUCCCCUGAGGCAAAAUCGGAAGGUGAUCCCAAAGAGAAAUUUAUGGUAUAUUUGGAGGGCGGGAUCUCUAAGGGUCUAGCUAAAUUGGAGGGACAAGCUCCAGGUUACUUUACAUUUGUGUGAUGUUUCCUCAAAAAAGUGGAAGAGGUGGCGAUGGAUUUGAUGCCACCUGAAGCAUUCCAGUAGUAGUAGUUCCAGAGUAGUCAGAGCUCAUCAAACCAGUACUAAAAACAUAUGACACAUAGUGGUGAAAGGGUGUAAAUUUAAUGUCAGAAAGUAUCUUAAACAAUACACUGUUUUCAAAAUGCAUAAAAUGUGUAGACUAUGCUAAAUUCAUGAUUUGUGGACAGUUGAUACAUGGAGCAUAAUUCAACAUUGAUUGUUUGUUAAGUGAAUAAUGUCUGCCCCCCCCGUGUAUCUUACAUGUGUGAUGUGUGGUGUAGGUAGGAUUUGAUCUUGGUGGGCUGAAUUAAUAAUCCAGAGCUAUUUUUUAUCCCUGUGCAUCCCUGGUGUUUUCUAUCUAUGUUGCAUCAUAUGAAUAAAUUUAAAUCUGUCUAUCUG